AUGGCGUCAGCCACGACUUACAAGGACCGGCAACUUCUUGCUGUUAUUGGCGAUGAAGACUCCGUUACCGGUCUUCUCCUCGCCGGCAUUGGCCAUGUUACCGAAGGCGCAGGUGGGCAGCGUAACUUCCUAGUCGUCGAUGCCAAGACCGAGACAUCGCAGAUUGAGCAGGCCUUCCAGAACUUCACGCAGGAACGAAAGGACAUCGCUGUUCUCCUGAUCAACCAGCACGUCGCUGAGCGCAUCCGCCACAGUCUCGACUCAUUCGCCGACCCUUUCCCGGCCGUCCUCGAGAUUCCUAGCAAAGACCACCCAUAUGAUCCUGAAAAGGACAGCGUUCUCAAGCGUGUGCGACGACUGUUUGGCGAGUAA